UGCCCGCUAUGAUUGACGUUAGUUUGACAUUGGCGCUGACUGCAGUACCAAAACAAGACUUGCUGUCAUAAUACUACAUUACAGGUUAUUAGUCAUUAUUAAGGACAUAAAACCGGCUGGACUUGCUUGAUUCGAAAGCACAGCUAUGUGCAGCUGUGUGCGGAGCUCCAGGGCUCUGUCCCCUGUGCUGCGCCCCAGGCUGCUGCUUCCUCAGACGGGGUACAGAUUGGCCGGCAGGGGACUCUGGACGUCCCCGCACAGUAUGGCUGUCAGUGGAGACUCCCAGCUGCUCCCACUGCCCAGCCAGGCCCGUGUGGUGAUCUGUGGAGGAGGUAUUGUGGGAUCAUCUGUAGCCUUCCACCUGGCCAAACUGGGCUGGACUGAUAUUGUGCUGCUGGAGCAGGGCAGGCUCGGCGCAGGAACAACCAGACUGUGUGCUGGCAUUGUCAGCGUGGCCAAACCUAUUUCCAUCGAGUGUCAAAUGGCAAACUACUCCAAUAGUCUUUACCAGCAGCUGGAGGAGGAGACUGGGGUCAAAACAGGUUAUGUGCAGACGGGGUCUCUGUGUCUGGCCCAAAACCAGGAUCGCUUCCUCUCUCUGAAGCGCCUGGCAUCCCGACUAAAGGUGAUGGGGAUCAGCUGUAACAUCAUUAAGCCCAAAGAGGUGGCCAAACUGCACCCUCAUGUUAACAUUCAUGACCUGGUGGGGGCGCUUCACCUCCCUGCGGACGCCGUGGUGUCUCCACCUGAAGUUAACCACGCCCUGGCUGUGGCUGCUGCUGGACAUGGGGUUCAGAUCCUGGAGCGGACCACUGUUCAGCAGGUUCUGGUAGAGAAGGGUCAAGUGACGGCGGUGGAGACUGAUCGCGGCUCCAUUGAGUGUGAAUAUUUUGUCAACUGCGCUGGACAGUGGGCGUACGAGCUGGGCCAGGCCAGUGAGAUGAAGGUGUCCAUUCCUCUUCAUGGCUGUGAACACUUCUACCUCCUCACCAAGCCUCUCAAGGAGCCACUUCCACCCAACACGCCAGUGCUGCUCGAUAUGGACGGCAGGAUAUAUGCACGGCCAUGGCAGGGAGGCGUUCUGUCUGGAGGCUUUGAGAAGAACCCCAAACCCAUCUUCACUGAGGGCCGCAACCAGCUGGAGAUCCAGAGCAUGCAGGAGGACUGGGACCACUUCGAGCCGAUGCUCAGUUCCUUGCUGAGGAGAAUGCCGAGUCUUGAAUCAGCUGAGAUCCAUCAGCUGGUCAACUGUCCCGAGUCCUUCACCCCGGACAUGCGCUGCCUGAUGGGGGAGACGCCGGGAGUCUCUGGCUACUACGUGCUGGCGGGCAUGAACUCCUCUGGCCUGGCCUUCGCUGGAGGAGCUGGCAAGUAUCUGGCGGAGUGGAUGACUUAUGGCUACCCCACAGCCAAUGUCUGGCCCCUGGACAUCAAGCGCUUCGGCAACCUGCAGAGCAGCCGAACCUUCCUGCGACACCGAGUGAUGGAGGUCAUGCCCCUGCUGUACGAGCUGAAGGUUCCUCGCUGGGACUUUCAGACCGGCCGUCAGCUGCGGACCAGCCCUCUGUAUGACCGUCUGGACACGCAGGGAGCUCGCUGGAUGGAGAAACAUGGUUUUGAAAGGCCCAAAUACUUUGUUCCUCACGGAAAAGAUUUACUGUCUCUGGACCAGAGUAAGACCUUCUACAAGCCGGACUGGUUUGAUAUUGUUGGAGCGGAGGUGAAAUGCUGCAAAGAGGCCGUCUGCGUCAUCGACAUGUCCUCCUUCACCAAGUUUGAACUGACUUCAACGCAGGACCAGGCUCUGGAUCUGCUGCAGCAUCUGUGUGCCAACGACCUGGACGUCCCCGUUGGACAUAUCGUCCACACCGGCAUGCUGAACGAGAGGGGGGGCUAUGAGAACGACUGCAGCGUGGUCCGCGUCAGCAAGAACAGCUUCUUCAUCGUCUCUCCGACAGACCAGCAGGUCCACUGCUGGUCCUGGAUAAAGAAGCACAUGCCCAAUGACCCUAACCUCCACCUAGAGGAUGUCAGCUGGAAGUACACCGCUUUAAAUCUGAUUGGCCCUCGUGCAAUGGAUGUUCUGGCCGAGCUGUCGUAUGUUUCCAUGACCCCCGACCAUUUCCCCUCCAUGUUCUGUAAGGAGAUGAGUGUUGGCUAUGCUAAUGGAAUCAGAGUGAUGAGUAUGACUCACACUGGAGAACCAGGGUUCAUGCUCUACAUCCCUAUAGAGUAUGCGCUGCACGUGUACAACGAGGUGAUGUCGGUGGGUCAGAAGUAUGGGAUCCGUAAUGCAGGGUACUACGCUCUGCGCAGUCUACGCAUCGAGAAAUUCUUUGCCUUCUGGGGUCAGGACCUCGACGCCUUCACCACGCCGCUGGAGUGUGGACGCGAGUUCAGGGUUAAAUUUGACACCGACACAGACUUCCUGGGUCGUGAGGCUCUGCUGCAGCAGCGUCAGGACGGCGUGUCUCGCAGAUUCGUCAUGCUGGUUCUCGAGGACCACGACACUGAGCUGGACCUGUGGCCAUGGUGGGGCGAGCCCGUCUACUGUAACGGUCAGCUGGCUGGGACGACCACCAGCAGCGCCUACAGCUACACUCUGGAGCGCCACGUCUGCCUCGGCUUUGUGUCUCCGCCGCUGGGCCCAGAGGGGCUCCCCACCCCCAUCACGCCGGACUUCAUCAACCGCGGGGACUACGAGGUGGACAUUGCUGGCCAGCGCUAUGCAGCCAAAGCCAAACUCUACCCCUUCAGUUCCCUCUUCACGCAACAAAAACGCCGCAAAGAAGACAUGGAGCUCAGCAACCUCCAGGGGAAGUGAUGCAGAGUAACACAGAGCUGUGUGACGCUCCUCCAGUCCUCCAGUCCACUCCUGCACCCGGCAGUGCCACCCUAUCGCCCCUUUUCUAGCUCCUAACCUCGAGGGCUGUGUGCACAAUCACUCCUUGUCUCUGCAGUUUUUAACUUCCACGCUGCAUCUCCCUCUUUAAAAGUGCAAUAUCUCAGAGGCACCAAAUGCUUGGGCUGCAGCGGCAGCAGUGCUCUGCUGUGUGAUCGCAGAUGCUCUUCAGCCUGCCCUGCGUACUCAACAAGUGCCUUUGAUAAGGCAUCAUCAACAGUGUCGAGGACUCUUCACUUUGUUCACUUUAACGCAUCCACAAGGGAUUCACAUCGACAAUCUGCUCCAGUCCUGUUCCAGUCGCUGUCACGCGUCGACGCGUCGCAGUCUGGAAGAGUGUGAAACGUUAUUCGAUGCUGAUGCUGAUGUUGACUCUUUUGGUAUUCGACAUUACCAUGAAUGUAAAGAAUGUGAGUGAUGUGAUGCAGAGAGUUUCAUUAGAGCUGCAACUAACAAUAUCUUCAUUAUUAAUUAGUCUGCCAAUUACUUUCCAGGUUAAACGAUUGUUUGGUCCAGAGAAAGUCAGAAGAUUGGGUAAAAUGUCCGUCUGUCUCCAACAUCCAAAGAUAUUCACUUUAAUAUGAAGUCAACAGAGAAGCAGCAGAUCUCCACAUCGGAGGCUGAAACAGCAUUUUUUGCAUGAAAUUUAACGAUUAUCAAAAUAGCUGGCGAUUUAUAUUUCUGUCGAUCGACUGAAGGAGUUCCCGACUGAUCGCUGCAGCUCACUGACCCUCACUACGUCCUCCUCCGUCAGGAAGCCUGAUCUUAUCGUAAGCUAACCUCUGUUGGCUCCUCUUCGCUCUCCUUCGCCUCAAAGUAAACAAAAUGCUCUUUAUUAUGUGUAUCAUCAACCUUCAGCUGUUCUGGUGGUAUUCGUGCUCAUUGUGUUUACGGUGAUAUAAUCCGCCCUGUUAUUUAUGUGUGUUGAAUGUGUGGCUGCAGCUUUAACCCGGACAUGUUGGUUGUUGGCGUCCAUGAUAUCUUACAGUGGUGAUUUGAUUUCUGUCUGUGUAAAGGACUUCAUUGCGAUUUGAAAUAAAGCAAUGUAUUUUUGUAUAGCAAGUGUAUAAAAUCUCUAUUUUCAGUACUGCACCUUCGUUCCUUCAGUUUCAAGUCUUAUUAUCUGUAUGAAUCAUCUGUACUUUGUUUUACUUUUGCAGUUCUCCCUCUGAUUGUGCUUUACUUCCAAAGUUAGUCUGUACAAGUAAAUGUCAGCUUGAGGUUUUCCUACAUCGUAUUCACCUUUCCUCGCGUCACGCUGGGCAAACAGUCGACACGUUGAGAGUUUGAGUGUUUGUCACCGCGUGUUCUGCCGAGUGACGAGGGUCAAAUAUCACGUUUCUGAUCAAAUCCCUGUUUUACUGUCUUAUCUCCAGCGUUUAGUAAUGAAGUGGUUGUGAAGGGAAGCACACUGUACACACUGCAGACACCAACUGAAUCAGUUAUUAAUGUUUUACAAUGUUUAAGAGUUGUGUGUGUGUGAAGAAAUGGCCCUUAAAGAUGAUUAUCAGUUAAAGGACAAAAGGCUUGUUUACAGUGCAUCUCCAACUCUGUUCAUAUCUGUAAUCUCAAUACACCAUUCUUUUUAUUUUAAAAGUCCUCAUCUCAAAACACAUAUCUUAUAUCUUAUAUUUAUCUUGGGAUGGAUACAAAGCUCAACUGAUGUUUAAUAUACUCAUUAGUUUCUAAUACAUAUAAGUAUGAACUCAGAAGUCAGAUGUUGCUUUUUUUUUUUAAAGGGCUAAUUUCUCUUUGUUUUGUUUGUAGGCGUUAACAUUAAAUGAAGCAUUUUA